AUGGAUAGAUCGAGAAAAUUGAAAUUCCAGCGACAUACAGCGCUCAAUGACAUUCAGUCGAUUUAUGAUCUAGGUAGUAAAGCUGUUUCUGAUCAUAGUUUACGAUCGUUGUUUAAAAUAAGGUGUAGCGAGUUAGACGUGAUUAAGGAGGAAUUUUUAAAGCAGCAUACAAGCAUUAUUAAUAAUGUUUUGUCGGUACCGGAUUCAGAUACGGGGGACGAAGAAAAAGUCCGAGAAUUAUUCUUGGACUUAUUCUACAAAAUAAAAGUUUUUGACGCGGAAUUCUUCGGGUCACCAUCUGAAAGUCCAGGUUCAGCGUCUUGUGCUUCCGGCGGAGCUCAUCCUUCGCACAUUCGCUUACCUCGUAUUGAUCUUCCGCGUUUUCAAGGAAGUUUUAUUAAUUUUGCAUCCUUUAUAGACCUUUAUAAUUCGAUAGUGCAUAAUAAUGCAGCCCUAGGAAACGUAGAAAAAUUCAAAUAUUUGAAAGGUUGUUUAGACGGGACUCCGCUUAGCUUAAUUCUCAAUUUGCCCAUAACUAACGAUAAUUACCAAGUGGCUUAUGAUUUAAUUGUUAAACGGUACACAAAUGUUCGUCGUUGUGCGACCGCCCAUUGGGAUGCGAUAAUGGGCGUUCAAAAAAUCUCUGCGGUUAACUCGAAAAAUCUAGCUAAAUUAGUAGACACCUUUUUAGAAAAUUUAGCCGCAUUGAAAACUUUAGGCCUUCCCACUGAGCAUUGGGAUUUCAUUAUGUUCAAUUUGCUUUUGUCGAAAUUAGAUGUUGAUUCCAUUAAGUUAUUCGAGUUGGAAAAUAAGUCUAAUCAAAUUCCUUCAUUUAAAAAAUUAGUAGCGUUCAUCGAAACCCAAUACAUCGCAUAUGAUAAUUUAGACAGUAGUAUAGGUGAGGGAAAGAAGUCGUCGCGGGCCCCAAAUAACACGGAGCCAAAGGCCAACUCCAAGCACCAGACUGGUGAUUCAAGGCACAAUCGUAGUAGCUCGUCGUUCGUGACAAAUUCGUCUUCAGUAUGUUGCGCUCUAUGCAAACAAAGCCAUUAUCUCAACCAGUGUUCGUUGUUCUUGAAAAAAUCGCCAAAAGAGAGAUAUCAGUUUUGUAAAGAGUUUUCUUCCUGUUUUAAGUGUCUUAAUCAGGCUAACCAUUCAGUCAAGUCGUGUCCUAAAUCCUUCAAAUGUAGCAAAUGUAGUAGUCAUCUCCAUAAUAGUUUGUUACACUUCGAGAGAAACCGUUCCAAUAGUCAGUCGUCCUCAGAAAAUAAUAGUCCAGGGACAUCGGGAAUCGAAUCGUCUCCUGAAGUAUCCCAUUGUGCAGCUAGUUUUGUAGGAAAUAAAAAUGAAACCAAAAAGGAAAUCUUGCUCGGUACUGUUUUGGUUCAUGCAAUUGACAGUAAAGGGUGUAAGCAACCCUUGAGAUGUCUUAUUGAUUCGGGUUCGAUGAGUUCGUUCAUUAGUCGAAAGGCUGCCAAUCGAUUGGGAUGGCCUAAAACUCCUUGCUCGUUCGAAGUUAACGGACUCAAUUCGAUGCAAACGAAACUGAAUCAGAGGCAAAUAAGUUUCUCUAUCCAACCUCGUCAUCUGGAGUCACCGGUGUUUCAUUUGGAGGCUAUUAUUACAGAUCGGGUUUGCUCGGAUUUGCCCAGCACCCAAAUAGAUAUUUCUGCUUGGAAUUAUAUUAAAAAUUUGAAGUUAGCUGAUCCCAAAUUUAAUUGUAGUCAAUCGGUCGAUUUGUUAAUUGGUUGUAGUAUAUUUUCGAAGGUGUUCUUAGAGGGUAAAAUUGAAGAUUCUUCGUUAAGGAAAUUUUGGGAACUGGAGAACAUACCGGAAGAGCCAGUUUCAGAACCGGAAGACGUUCUGUGCGAAACCAUUUAUCGGGAAACACAUAGUCGGGACGUCUCGGGAAAAUAUGUUGUGUCUUUGCCUUUUCGUGAAUCGCCGCCUUGUUUAAAAGAUAGCUAUGAUGUUGCUUUGAACAGAUUUAUUUCGUUGGAACGUCGCUUGUUUCGUCAGCCGGGUUUGCAAAAGGAUUAUUCGUCCCAUAUGCAGGAGUAUAUUGAUUUAGGUCAUAUGCAAUUGGUUCCUGAGGGCGAAAAGACAAAGGGAAAGUAUUAUAUCCCACACCAUUGCGUUGUUAAAUCGGAAAGUGUCUCUACUAAAAUUCGAGUGGUAUAUAAUGCGUCUCAGAAAAGUCCCAGACUUGGUAAAUCGUUGAAUGAUUAUUUAUUAGUCGGUCCUAAUCUACAACAGGACAUCGUCUCGCUUUUGUUAAAUUUUAGACUUAAUCGUUUUGCGUUGUGUGCAGAUAUUCGUCAGAUGUAUCGUAAUAUUUUAGUAGUUCCUGAGCAUACGGAUUAUCAACGUGUGUUAUGGAGAUUUUCUAGCUUUGAGGAGAUUCAGGAAUAUCGUUUGUUAACUGUCACUUUUGGAGUUGUAUCCUCGCCGUAUCUCGCUCUAAGAACCCUUCAACAACUAGUGUUGGACGAAGGCUCUCGUUUUCCUAAAGCCGCGUCGCUCGUUUGUAAUGCUUCGUAUAUUGAUGAUUUUGUUUUCGGUGCUUCGACGCUCGAAGAAGCACAAAGUUUAGUCGAAGAGUUAGUCGCUUUGUUGAAGUUAGGAGGCUUUGAGUUACGGAAAUGGUGUUCGAACGAACCCAAAUUGUUGUCGCAAUUUCCUGAAUCGCAUAUUAAUCCUCAUUCUAUUAAUUUUGAUCCAGAAUCAAAUGGUCCUUCUUUAAAAAUCCUUGAGGUUCCUCCAUCAUUGCGGGAAAAAUCCCCUUCGGAAGAGGUAAAGAAAAGUUUAGUGUUUGUUUCCACUCGUGAGGAACAUUUUUUGUCUUGUUUGUUAGAAAACCAAUCGUCUUUUACCUCUAUCCAAAGAAUUUUGGCCUUUAUGUUGCGAUUCGCGCACAACUCUCGUUUGAAAAGGUCAAGACGUGUAGGACCCUUGAGUGCAGUAGAAUUGGAAAGCUCGUUAAUUAUUCUUGUUAGGUUUACACAGGAACAGUAUUUUGAAGACCAGCUUCAGUCGACCUCGUUUCCAAAACCAUUUCGCAAAUUAGGAGUAUUUUUAGAUGAUAAUACUCAGUGCUUAAGAGUAGGUGGUCGUCUAUCGCAGUCUUCCUUGUCGUAUGAGGCAAAACACCCCUUUUUGUUACCAAAGAAAUCUCGUCUUACGACUCUCCUAGUUCGUCAUUAUCAUGAAAAGUACUUACAUGCUGGAUUUAAGAGUACUCAAUUUUUGAUUAGCUUAUAA